UUAGAAAUCGGCAAAAAAUUUAGUUGUACAUAUUUAAAAUACAUUCUAAUGGAUAAAAAGCCUGCCGGAAACAUUCAGGGUACUAUUUUAAGUACACAAAAUGCCCAGAGGUUAAUUUCUUCGGGUAUUCCUUCACUGGACGAUUUAUUGGGUGGAGGAUUACCUGUAGGAACCGUGGCAUUAAUAGAGGAAGACCUGCAUGGGGCAUAUUCUAAAAUUAUACUAAAAUAUUUUCUUGCGGAAGGCAUUGUAUCAAAACACUCUACUUUAAUAGCUAGUCAGGAUAUAAAUCCUUUUAAUAUAAUUAAGGAACUACCAGCUGUGAUCGAUAGUGACCCUGAAUCAUCAAAACCUAAAACUAGUGGGACCAGUGAUAAAAUGAAAAUUGCUUUUAGAUAUCAAAAUAUUCAAGUUUCUAAUGAUUCAAAAUUACAUAGUUUAGGGCAUUACUAUGAUCUUUCAAAAAAUAUGUCAUUAAAUGAUAUAGAAAAUUCUGAUAUUUCAUAUUGGAGUGGACAGCGACUUGAAAAUGGAUCAAAUUCAUUUGCAAAUCCUGCCUACAAUCAACUUUUAAAGUCAAUUAAAGAUAAAAUUAAGGAUGGAAAAUUUUUCCUUAAGGACAAUCCAAGCAAAAAGUCAAUAUUACGUAUUGGCAUCCACUCACUGGGGUCACCUAUGUGGCUGCCAUACAGAAAAGCAUUGCAUUCCAUAGAUAGCAGUCGAGACUUGGACAUGUUUAUAUUUUGCCUUAGAGCUUUAGUAAGGUCUGCUUAUGCAGUGGCUGUUAUCACAAUACCAACACAUUUAUAUCAUGAGGUUUCUUUGGAAAGGUGUGUACAUUCAAGUGAUAUUGCGAUGAGACUUCAGGCUUUUUGUGGUACAGAACUGGAAAGUAACCAGGCUCUGUCGGAUUUCCACGGUUUUUUUUAUUUAAAGAAAAUAGCGGCGAUUAAUUCUCUUGCCUCAAAACAUCCAGGAUCGGUGGAAUAUGUUUUUAAAUUAAGACGAAAAAAGUUGGUCAUAGAAACUCUGCAUUUGCCACCAGACAUACAAGAAUCUAUGGACUCCAAAAAAAAUGACAUUCCAUCUGUUGGUUGUGGCGGAAGCAAUAAACAUUUGUUGGAAUUUUAAUGAAUUACCCAAACUCUUAUUUAUUACAAAGUAUUAUAUUUUCAUUAGUGAU